UUCUAAGCUCGACGAAGAUCCACCCGCAAAAUGUCGUCAUCCCAAAUUGAUUGGAAGAGAGAGGAGAAGAAGAUAGGGAAAUGAAGAGCGGAGUCUCCGGUCGAAACAUCUACAUCGAUAGCGCUGACGAAGAAGACGAUGCCGUCGAUGAGGAAGAGAGCUCGGUUCAGGCGGCGAAGGACGACGAAGAGGAGGAUUCCGGCGGAUCAGAUGAGUCCUCCGUCGGUAGUCCGCGGCGCAGCAGACUGAGCUCCUAUAACACCGCUUGGCCCCAGAGUUACAGGCAAUCAAUAGACAUCUACAGCAACGUCGCAUCCCCCUCAAUUGCAUUCCUAGGGACUCCCAGUCUCAUCAGACUCGGAAGCUCCUUCUUCAACUCUUCCUUCAGAGGUCGCCACGCCUCAGAUGUCUUCAGCUCUCUGAUCAAGCCUUUGCUCCCAUCUCGUUCAGAAGAUGAGCGGAAACCAUCGCCGGAUAUUCAGCAUCAGCGGCGGAAGAGCUCACACUCGUUGCUGCCGCCUCCGAUCCCUACUCGUCGACCAUCCGUGAAGAAGGAGCGCGAUCGCGAUCACGAUCACGACAAGGUUUCUGUUCCCCCAGGCCAGAGCUCCUACGGCCAGGCUGUUAUCAACGGUGUAAAUGUACUCUGUGGAGUUGGAAUCCUGUCUGCACCAUAUGCAGUUAAGGAAGGUGGCUGGAUGGGGAUGUCCAUACUGUUCACAUAUGCUGUGCUUGCCUUCUACACCGGAAUGCUCUUGCGUCACUGCUUGGAUAGUAGACCAGGCCUUGAGACAUACCCUGACAUUGGUCAGGCUGCUUUUGGAACUCCUGGUCGCAUUAUUUUAUCGAUUACCUUGUACCUGGAAUUGUAUGCUUGCUGUGUUGAGCACAUUAUAUUGGAGAGUGAUAAUUUGUCAUCAUUGUUUCCAAAUGCGCAUUUGGAUAUAAGUGGAUUGCAUCUCAAUUCUCAUUUGGUAUUUGCUCUGUUAACAACUCUGAUUGUUCUCCCAACAACAUGGCUCAGAGAUCUAAGUGUUCUAAGUUAUAUUUCAGCUGGAGGAGUCAUUGCAACUUUGUUGGUGGCUGUCUGCUUGUUUUGGUUGGGAUUAGUAGAUCAGGUUGGCUUCAAAAAUGAGGGUUCCUCCCUAAAUCUUUCUGGCAUUUCAUUAGCUGUUGGCCUGUAUGGUUAUUCAUAUUCAGGCCAUGCCGUUUUCCCAAACAUAUACUCCUCCCUGAAGAAGCCCAAUGACUUCCCAGCAGUUCUUUUCACAAGCUUUUUCAUUUGCACAUUAUUGUACGCCGGGGUUGCAGUGAUGGGAUUUUUCUUAUUUGGAGAAUCAACUCAACCUCAGUUUACUCUUAGUAUGCCACAUGGAUUCGUAGUUUCUAAGAUUGCUGUUUGGACGACGGUUGUAAACCCACUGACGAAAUAUGCCUUGUCUUUGACUCCAAUGGCACUGAGUUUAGAGGAGCUGAUACCGCAAGAUAAUCUGAAAUCUCACCUCUAUUCCAUCAGCAUUAGAACAGUUUUGACACUGUCAACCUUGAUUGUGGCUCUUACCAUUCCUUUCUUUGGUUUGGUGAUGGCUUUGAUUGGAUCUUUACUCACCAUGCUAGUAUCAUUUGUUUUUCCAUGCAUCUGCUUUCUAAGCAUCGUCAGAGGCAAAGCAACACAAACUCAGGUAGUGAUGUGUAUCCUAAUCGUCGCCGUCGGACUUGUUUCGUCGGGGUUUGGCACUUUCUCUGCAGUUUCCAAAAUUGUUAACAGCUUGCUUUGAUCUCCAUCUCCUCCCUUGCGCUGCAUCGCGGAUAGAGUAUUAAGUGGGGAUUUUAACCAGUAGUUACAUUCUUUUGUCCUUCCUCACUCUCUCCUUUAUUUCAUUUCUUUUUUGUGUAUAAUUUUGCCUAACUAGUUGCUAGGUGAUUUUGCUGCACCUGAGAUAUUUAAAGUUGUACACAA